UCAACGACAAGGCCAAAAUAUGGGCCGACAAGGACAGCAAUAUGGCGGCGGUAAUGGCCAGCGUAUGGGUCAGGGAUAUGGCAACAGAAACGGAAAUGGCGCAAUGGGCAAUGGUAUGGGUGACGGAAUGAACAACGGAAUGGGAAAUGGCAUGGGUAAUAUGCCUAAUGGCAUGAAUCGCAAUAUGGGUAAUGGUAUGGGUUAUAACAUGGGGAAUGGAUUAGGUCCCGGCAUGGGUAAUAACAUGCCGAAUGGAAUGGGUCGUGGCAUGGGCAACGGUAUGGGUAAUGGAAUGGGUAAUGGUAUGGGAAAUGGCAUGGGUAAUGGUAUGGGUAAUGGAAUGGGUAAUGGUAUGAGCAAUGGCAUGGGUAAUGGUAUGGGCAAUGGUCGAGGAAAUGGAUGGCAGGGACCAAUGGGUUCAGGUCAGGGAAUGGGAAAUAUGAAUGGACGACAAGGACAAAAUGGAAGACAAGGCGGGCAAAAUGGCAACGGUAAUGGCUAUAAUAAUAACAUGCGUGUAGACCGUUAUAACGGAGGAGGUGAUUGGGGCAAUGGUAGACCUUAUAAUAGACGACAUGGCACCAAUAAUGGCAAAUAUAAUCAAUCAAAUAACAACAUGAGCGAUUCAAUGAAUUAUGACUAUGAGAGUACGAAUGAAAUUUCAUCCACUCAAAGUUCUGACGUUGUUAGCAGAAAAAAGCGUUCAGUUAAUGAUCCAGAACACCAUGAACGUCAAAAACGUCAAGCAAAUCAAAUGGGUCAAAGACAGGGUCAGAAUAUGGGUCGCCAAGGUGGACAGGGUCAAGGACAAGGACAAGGACAAGGACAAAGAAAUGGCGGCCAAGGUAUGGGUCAAGGAAAUGGUAUGAAUAGAAAUGGAAUGGGUCAAGGCAAUGGAAAUGGUGGAGGAGGUAAUGGAAAUGGAGGUAUGAAUAGAAAUGGCGGAGGAGGUAAUGGAAAUGGAGGUAUGAAUAGAAAUGGCGGAGGAGGUAAUGGAAAUGGUGGUAUGAAUAGAAAUGGUAUGGGGAAUAGAUCUCAAAUGGGACAAGGCAUGAAUGGACGCCAGGGUGGUGGUCAAAUGGGAUAUAACAAUAAUAACCCUAAUAACCGCAUGAAUAAUAAUGGAGGUGGUGGAAAUGGAGGUAACUGGGGUAACGGACCCAGUAACGGACCUUGGGGGGGUAAUAAUGAUUGGAAUAACAAUAAUAAUGGUUGGAAUAGUAACCCUAAUGGUGGAAACAACUGGGGUCCAAGUGGUUACAAUAACCAAGGCAGUAAUAAUGGUCCAUAUGGUCCGCCACCGUUUGGCAAUAACGGUCCUUGGAAUGGACCCUAUCCGAAUACCAACACAAAUUGGAGUCCCAAUGGCCUGAAUCCACAAGCACAAUGGAAUAACGGUAUACCACCAACUACUGGCUAUGCUACUAGCAGCCAAAUGUCACAACUGACGAUGCCUAAUAACGGUUUGGGUUAUGCGCAGAGUUCUACUUAUGUGAAUGGCAAGCCUAUGACUCAAAGUAGCUAUUAUACCAUAAAUGGGCAAACUUAUGUUAUGCAAACAAAUCCGACAACUGGACAAAAUAUUUUACAACCUUUAAAUACACAAGCUUAUACCUCUCAAGUUAUGCCGGUUGGUAGUGCUUCCUAUAUACCUCAGGUACAUGCAGACACAUUAGUGCAGAGAACUGAUGGUAGUUUUGUUGAUAGCUCUGGAGUGAUAUACUACACGAUGGCUCCUGGUGCCACAGUUGCUACCACAGUAAGCACUAAUACAACUACGGCCGCAACAACCACAGCUGCCACAACUACAAAAGCUAAAUAAACUAUUUGAAUCUAU